UGCCCACGUCGAACUCCGGUCCUCCCAAUACACUCGAUGUUUGAGUUAGCGUCGGUAUGAUCGUGGGCGCAGAAUGCAUUUCGCUCCACAGGCACGGUAUGUCACUGUCAUAAGAAAUCGACGGCGUCGAGUCCCCUUUCUCUUUCUCGACCAUGUUGCGUCUCACCCUGCAGGAAUUUCUCGUCUCCUUCCUUGCGUACUUGCUGUAUCUGCGCUUGAGGCCGAAGCCGAAUGGACCUCGUCUUCCACCUGGCCCACCGGCGGAGCCCUUGCUUGGGCAUAUACGAGUGAUUCCGCAGGAGCGGGCGUACCAUCGCUGGAGCAAGGAAUACGGCUCAGACCUGCUACAUGUCCGGGUGCUCGGCCAGCCUAUCAUCGUCCUCAACAGCGUCGAGUCCGCAGUCGAGCUACUUGAGAAGCGUGGCGCUAUCCACAGCGAUCGCCCCUUCUUCGCGUACUUCGACAUGCUUGGGUGGCACGAGAAUGUGCUCGUGACAUCGUGUAAUCAUCCAUCCUUCCCUCAUCUCCGCGCCCACUAUCAGAACUACUUCGCGAGGGAUGCGAACCGGAAGUUCAGCCAGAUACAGACCACCGAGGCGCACAAGCUCGUCAAACGCAUCGCGCAGCAGCCGACCAACUGGAGAGAGAUCUUUCGCGCGUUCGCGGUCGCGGUCAUCAUACAGAUCAACACUGGCCAUGAGAUCAAGACGCUCGAUGAUGCCUACCUGGACAUCGCGAACGAGGUCGGGAAGACCCUGACUGGCGGCGGGCCUCCUGGUGCGACGGGUGUGGAUAUUUUGCCCCUACUCCGCUACCUACCAAGCUGGUGCGACCCGACUGGCUCUACCGCCUUCGUGCGCAAGCUACGCCACUCAGUCCGUGAGAUGUACACGGUGCCGUAUGACCGCGUUACGGAGGACAUCAGAAGCGGCUCGGCACAGCCAUCGUUCAUGCUGUCACUCAUGCAAGAGAUGGAAGCACAAGAUGAAGACGAGAAGACUCUGUCAAGAGAGAGGAUCAAGGGCUUGUGCGCGACGGCCUAUGCAGCCGGAGGAGACACGACCUUCGACACACUCACCACCUUCGUCUUUGCCAUCGUGAACUAUCCGGACGUUCAAGAGCGCGCGAGGGCCGAACUCAAUGCUGUGGUUGGCCCUAAUCGCCUUCCCGAGCUGGAGGACCGCAAGGACCUACCGUAUGUCGAACGUCUCGUACAGGAGGUCUUUCGAUUUUGGCCGUCUGUGCCGUUGGGUGUGCCGCACAAAUCAACUAAGGACGACAUCUACAAUGGGAUGUUUAUUCCCAAGGGAUCCCUCCUCGUCUUCAACGUCUUCGCCAUGACCCACGACGAAGCAGUUUACAAAGACCCAUGGCGCUUCGACCCAGACCGAUACCUUGCGUGCUCUGAAGGCGGACGCGGUGAACCGCUGCCCACAGGGCACUUCGGCUUUGGGCGACGGAUCUGUCCCGGCCGCUUCGUCGGUGACACCUCCGUCUUCAUCGCGAUUGCAACUAUGCUGCAUGUUCUCACCUUCGAGAAGGCGAAGGACGAGGCGGGCCAGGAGAUCACCAUCGACCCAGAGACGGCGAAGUAUACAACGGGGAUUACAAGCCAUCCGGAAACCGUGUUGUGCAAUAUCAAGCCGACGAGCGAGCAAGCCAAGAAGCUGGCGCUGGGGUCGUACAUCGAGUGAGAUUUGGGGCCAGCUGAUAGCACAACCGACGAGAGUAUCGAGACCUCAUACACGCGAUCUCAUAGUUCUAUUGCCAGACGCCUCUUCUCUUCGCUCACUGGCGUGAUUGUGCACAGUAUCUUUUCCGGAUGACUCGCCGUCCCCGAAAUAUACUCCGCAUCCUCCGGAUUUACCGUGAUCUCC